AUGAGGCCCUGUGUGCCCCUGAUAGUGGCCAUACUCUGCAGCUUGGCCUGGGCUGGAAAAUUGGAGUCCUGUGCAUCUCGCUGUAAUGAGAAAUUUAACCGGGAUGCUGCCUGCCAGUGUGACCGCCAGUGUCCCUGGCAUGGGGACUGCUGUGAAGACUAUGAGCAUCUGUGUACUGAGGACCCUGAAGAGCCAGAGCCAUUCCUGGGGCUGGAGGAAGAGAUGUUGGAGGCCCCAGCGAGCAACCUGUACUCGGCACCCAGCUCCUGUCGGGACCGCUGCCACGAGGCCUUCGACAGGCACCAGCCGUGUCACUGCAAUGCCCGCUGCCCAGAGUUUGGGAACUGCUGCAAGGACUUCGAGAUCCUGUGUGGCCACGAGGGCUUCUCCUACAGCAGGGACGCCAUAACCAAGGAGGAGCUACAGAGCGUCUCUGAGAAGAUCUACAGGGCGGACAUCAACAAAGCCCAGAAGGCAGACAUCAUUCUCAACAGCCAAAACCGCAUCUCGCCCUCGGAGACCAGAGACCACGUGGACCGCUGCCCAGAGCCGCUCUUCACCUAUGUCAACGAGAAGCUGUUCUCCAAGCCGACCUACGCGGCCUUCAUCAGCCUCCUCAACAACUACCAGCGGGCCACCGGCCGUGGGGAGCACUUCAGUGCGCAGCAGCUGGCCGAGCAGGACGCCUUCCUCAGAGAGGUCAUGAAGACGGCCGUCCUGAAGGAGCUCUAUGGCUUCCUGCGUCACCAGAACCGAUACAGCUCGGAACAAGAGUUUGUCAACGACUUGAAGAACAUGUGGUUUGGGCUCUAUUCAAGAGGCAAUGAAGAGGAGGACUCAAGUGGCUUUGAACACGUCUUCUCAGGUGAAAUAAAAAAAGGCAAGGUCACCGGCUUCCAUAACUGGAUCCGCUUCUAUAUGCAGGAGAAGGAGGGCCUGGUUGACUAUUAUAGUCACGUCUAUGACGGCCCCUGGGAUUCUUACCCCGACGUGUUAGCCAUGCAGUUCAACUGGGACGGCUACUAUAAGGAAGUCGGCUCAGCUUUCAUUGGGAGCAGCCCUGAAUUUGAGUUUGCGCUCUACUCCCUGUGUUUCAUUGCUAGGCCAGGCAAAGUGUGCCAGUUAAGCCUGGGUGGAUAUCCCCUGGCCAUCCAGACCUAUCCCUGGGACAAGUCCACCUAUGGAAAUGGCAAGAAAUACAUCGCCACAGCCUACGUGGUGUCUUCCACCCAAUAGAGCUUGGAGCCAGAUAGGGGCAUGAGGGC